CGUAAACAGCGUGGAAGUGCAGUUGUAUAUGUGGCUCGCUCUGGUGGUAUAGUUUGAAGAAUUAUCGAGCGGUGCCUUAAGUCUUGCGUGGAGUGGCUUUAAUCGUGUAUAAUGAGCCAUAGGUUGAUCCCGGAGCGAGGCUAUAAAAUGGGGUGCGUGGUGCGGGUCACGGUGGUCGUGUUAUCAUUACCGUUCCGGGCGUGCGUGUAAAAACUCAAGUGAGUACAUGCGUGAAUUAAAAAAAGCAAAUAAGUGCGCGUGCUUUCGUGCCGGUUACAGUGACGAAAACUCCGGCAAUGUAAAGUCGCAUUAUAUAACAACGAUCUGGGGGUAAAAAUUGGCCGCGUUGUCGCGAUAUAGACCAUGGAGAGUCCCAGACUUUGAAGAAUUUCUCACAUAUUGUUUGAUUCCGCGUCGCGUUCGCUCUCUGACUCUACUCUCUCUCCCUUCGCUUUCGUUUCGAUGGAAUCCGACCGCUUCUGACUGGGACUGGGCUCAUGUUUGAAUUGAAUGAACGGGAAUCUAGUAGUCUGUCGUCUGUCUGGGUAGAGUUUCGACUGUUUCGGCACUAGUGAUGUGACGUGCUUGCAAUAUUAUCAUAUCCUAUUCGUCUGACAUGUGUUUCAUCCGAUAAAAUCAGUGAUCGAGGGACUCAAUUUUUCUGCCAUACGGUCAUACGGAUAUAGAUGUCUUUGCCUACGAACAGACGGCGAUAGACUCGGCUCUCCUCCAAAAUGUCAAACGGUAACAGUCGCCUGGCAAACGGUACGAUGUGGGCUGAAGGUAAACCGAGCAACAACAACGGCCCCUCCAACGGCAACACUCGGCUGGGCAUGCAGGACAUCCCCGAGGAGCAAACGGCCCUAACGAAACAAACCGAAGUUUACCGAUCGCAGUGUUUCGUCAGUGAGGGUGAUUUCCCGAGCGACAGCGACACGGAAUGCGGUUUGGGGCCGUUCGCCCCUCAAUGGCUGCAAAUGUUUGCUUCCAAGCAAGCAUUCCUUAUAGUUUUCUGCAUCGCGUGGGUCCUCCAAGGGAUGUACCACACGUAUUUUGUCAGUGCGAUAACGACGAUCGAAAAACUUUUUGAAAUUCAAUCCAAAAUCACCGGGAUUAUAAUGAGUGCAACGGAAAUCGGCCAAAUUGGCUCGUCGCUACUCUUGACUUAUUACGGGGGGCAGGGGCAUCGGCCCAAAUGGAUCGCAUGGGGGAUGGUUCUGUUCGCGGUGUCGUCGUUUACUUGUUCCUUACCCCAUUUUAUUUAUGGGAGACAGUUAAUUAGAGCUAAUGAUCUCACGGGGAUCAGUAAAGAUCCGAAUGUCUGCAAAGUUCCCAACUCACUAGACCUGAUGGAUCCCAAUACUCAUUGGGGGAAUACCUCCCUGCCGUCUACCACAACCGUGGUUCCAAAUAUUCUACAAAUAUGUCAUGAAGAACUCGAUACGGAACAUCGGAUUCAACCCUCGGUUACGAAAAUCGUCCUCGCAAUUUUUUUUAUUAGCUUGUUAGGGGUGGGAAUGGGGCAAACGGCUGUGUAUACUUUAGGGAUUCCGUACAUCGACGAUAACGUUGCCAGCAAGGAAUCGCCGCUCUACUUUGCGAUAACAAUCGGUGUGCGAAUUUUGGGUCCAGCUCUAGGUUUCAUCGUUGGAUCGCUUUGUACUAGUGUUUAUGCCGAUUUAUCUGUCGAUCCUAAAAUAGAUACGACAGAUCCAAGGUGGGUUGGGGCAUGGUACUUGGGUUUGGUUUUAAUAUCAGGACUGCUAAUGUUGGCCUCCUUCGCGAUGUUUGCCUUCCCGAAAAGACUGAAAACGGCUAAACCGACACCUAGGAUACAUCAACCUGGACGAAAACAUCCUAGUAUAAGAGACUUCCCUAAAACGGUCAAACGGCUAUUGAAAAAUGAUAUUUUAAUGUUUCGGACUGCAAGCAGUGUCUUACAUAUUCUUCCAAUAGCAGGAUUGUAUACGUUUCUACCAAAGUAUUUAGAAUCUCAGUUCAGACUACCAACUCCUUCAGCCAAUAUGAUAUCAGGAGUUGGAGGCAUUUUGGUGAUGGGAGUCGGCAUAAUAAUAAGUGGAGUGUUCAUCCUCCGUGUGAAACCUAACGCCAGGUUUGUCGCAGCCUGGAUCGCAUUCACGGCCAUAAUCUACGCCAUUGGAAUGGGCAUUUUGAUGUUUAUUGGUUGUCCAAUGGAUGAUUUAGCAGGAAUUCAAACACGUCACGAGUUUGCUACUUUUGAUCUAAAUUGCAACAAAUCGACGUGCGAAUGCAACCAAGAUAAGUUCUCGCCGAUUUGCGGCCAGGACGGUAAAACGUAUUUAUCUCCCUGUCAUGCGGGUUGCAGAAAUUACACCGAAAAAGAGGGAAAAAUUGUUGAAUAUUCGGACUGUUUAUGUGUCGCAAAUGAUGACAAUGUUACAAUAUCAUUUCCUGAUAAUGUUUUAUACGGGAAUGCGACCAUUGGUUAUUGUGAUGUGCAAUGCCCGAAUUUUACGUGGUAUAUAAUACUGUUUUCAAUUUUUGUUUUUAUUCAUUCAACUUCGGAAGUUGGCUCAAUGCUGUUGAUUUUACGUUGUGUUGAUCCGAGGGAUAAGGCAAUGGCGUUGGGUUUGAUCCAGUUUGCUAUUGGUCUUUUCGGAAAUGUUCCUUGUCCUAUAGUAUACGGGGCUGUUGUUGACUCCGCUUGUCUUGUCUGGAAGAUGGCCUGUGGGGAAAAAGGCGCGUGUGCAUUAUACGAUUCGAAUAUAUUUCGAAUGUUUUAUCACGGGACGACGGGGGCCAUUUUGCUGUGCGCAUUUUUCGUAGAUGUGAUAGUAUGGUAUAAGGCAGGAAGUAUAAAUUUCGUCGACGAACAAGUACCCUUAGAAGAAGAGUUGACCUCAAUGACGAAAAAAGCAUUAAACGAACCUGUGUCUCUACCUCAAUAGCAUAUAUUAUUGAAGGUGGAGGAUCCACCGCCCAAAUUUUGAUCGUCCGAUCAGAAUUUCCAAACGACUGAAAUUUUCUAAUGGCAGCUUUCACAUUUUUAUAACAUUUUGUAUAGAAAACUGUAAAUAUGGAAGAUUUUAUUUUAGCAAUUUUAUAGGGAAUUUUAUACAAAUUUUACAAUAAAUAGUUGAACUUCGCAUGCUUGAAAAAUUAUAUUGUGUUUGAGAUCUGAAUACCAUGCAUUCAUAAACUGUGAUACUUAAAAAUAUCUGCUAUGUCUUUUCCAAUCUUGGUUUUGUAAAUAUUCUUUUUUAAUUUAAAAACUAUUCUCAAUACUCCUUGACCUUGUGAAGUUACAUGCUUUUAUCAGUUUAGGGACAAUUGAAAAUACUAUAAUUGUAUAUUUUUUUAUAUUAGUUUGUAGUUACCAUAUUUUUAAUUUUGUAUAGUUUUACAUCGCCCUACAUCUAUCAAUUUAUUAAUGUGUGCCAUACAUUCAAUAAUUUGGGAUCUUUUGCUGUUGUAACUUUUCUAUUUAUAACUGUUAUAUAAUUGAAGUUUUUGUGUUUGUUGAUUUGUACAUUGUGAGGUAAUUGUAAUUUAUAACGUUAUUAUAGUAAUCAAAAUGGCUGCAUAAUUAUGUUUAACAAAAGGAGCAAUCAAUGUUCUUGUUAGAAAAAAGUUUAAUACUCUUCCUAUUCAAGCUUUACUCAUUGUUGUUAUUAAAUUUUUCUACUCUUUUACAUGAAAUGUUAUUUUCUUUUCUCAUUUACAUAUAAGAAUUAAACGAAAUUACGGGUAUAGCGUAACUAUUUAUUAUUGUUCAUUUAAGUGAAAUAUUUUCAACAUUACAUGUGCAUUAUAAUAAUUAUUAAUAUUUAACAUUUUAGUUAAGGACACAAACACAAAACUUCAACAAUUGGCAGAAUCCUACAAUAAAAUAGUUUUUAUAUGUAUAUUUAGUACUGCCAUAUUUUACUUAUAUUGUUUUCUUCAGGGUUACUUUUAUUUUGUUUCAAUUUUGUUGAUACUUAACUGUUUUAUCUAUUGUUAUAACAAUUCUGUUGUGAAAUAAUUCUUUAUAAGGCUCAAGCAUUUUAAUCUGUGAUUAGCUCACAUUCAUGCACCACAACUGUUAAAUUGUGCAAUUUUUUACAAAAGAAAUGUCACUAUCAUGUUCACCUAAUUUUAAAUAAAACUGUAGUAUAUGUUGUACAUUAUGUUAAACAUCAAUUAAAAAAGCAUCACGUUGCGUGAUAACUUCAUAAUAUAACGAUUUUAUAUAAUUGUACCUAUGCAAAAUAUAUUCAUUAAAUAAGUGAAGAAACA